AAAUGUUCAACAAUUGUUUCAAGACUUUAAAAUUGUUAUGGUUUUUAUGGCCAUUGCUAUUAAGCUCACUACAUUUGGAAAUUGCAGCGCAAACUAGUCAAAAUAUUAAUGUGUUUUUUAUUAACGAGGUGGACAAUGAGCCGGCUGCCAAGGCUGUGGAAGUGGUGCUUACAUAUUUAAAGAAAAAUUCAAACUACGGGCUAUCGGUGCAGGUGGAGUCCAUAGAGGCAAAUAGAACGGAUGCAAAAAUACUGCUAGAAGCCAUCUGCCAAAAAUAUUUAUCCAGCAUAGAGAAGAAACAAACACCACAUUUGGUAUUCGAUACAACCAAAUCAGGGGUAGCCUCGGAGACAGUAAAGAGUUUUACACAAGCCCUGGGUUUACCCACAAUAAGCGCAUCCUAUGGUCAGGAGGGUGAUCUGCGACAAUGGCGCGACUUGGAUGAGAGCAAACAAAAGUAUCUUUUGCAGGUGAUGCCGCCAGGCGACAUAAUACCCGAAGCAGUGCGCAGCAUAGUAAAACAUUUAAAUAUAACAAAUGCUGCCAUCCUAUAUGACGAUACUUUUGUCAUGGAUCACAAGUACAAGUCCUUGCUGCAGAAUAUACAAACACGUCAUGUUAUUACUGCCAUUGCCAAGGAUGGCAAACGCGAGCGUGAGGAGCAAAUUGAAAAGCUGCGCAACUUGGAUAUAAAUAAUUUCUUUAUACUGGGCAAUCUGCAAUCCAUACGCAUGGUGCUGGAGUCUGUGAAGCCGGCGUACUUUGAGCGUAACUUUGCCUGGCAUGCAAUUACCCAAAGCGAGGGCGAAGUGAGCAGUCAGCGUGAUAAUGCCACAAUUAUGUUUUUGAAACCCAUGGCGUAUACGCAAUAUCGUGAUCGAUUGGGCCUGCUACGCACCACAUACAAUUUAAAUGAGGAGCCGCAACUGUCAUCAGCCUUUUACUUUGACUUGGCAUUGCGUAGCUUUCUAACCAUCAAGGAAAUGUUGCAAUCUGGCGCGUGGCCUAAGGACAUGGAAUAUUUGAAAUGCGAUGACUACCAGGGCGGCAAUACACCUGAGCGGAAUAUUGAUCUUCGACAAUAUUUUACACAGGUUAGCGAGCCAACAUCAUAUGGCACGUUUGAGCUUGUCACGCAACCGCGUAAAGCAUUUAAUGGCUUCAGCUAUAUGAAAUUUGAAAUGGACAUCAAUGUGCUCCAGAUACGUGGUGGUAGCUCUGUCAACAGCAAAUCGAUUGGCAGCUGGACAGCUGGUCUCGAUUCGCCCCUGGUGGUCAAAGAUGAGGAGCAAAUGAAAAAUCUAACUGCAGAUACAGUAUAUCGCAUAUAUACUGUAGUGCAAGCUCCUUUUAUUAUGCGUGAUGAGACCGCUCCCAAGGGCUACAAAGGCUACUGCAUUGAUUUGAUUAAUGAAAUUGCUGCCAUUGUGCAUUUUGAUUAUGAAAUUCAGGAGGUCGAGGACGGCAAGUUUGGCAACAUGGAUGAGAAGGGUGAAUGGAAUGGCAUUAUUAAAAAGCUUAUAGACAAGCAGGCGGACAUUGGUCUGGGCAGCAUGUCUGUCAUGGCAGAGCGUGAGAUUGUCAUAGAUUUCACAGUGCCCUAUUAUGAUCUUGUGGGAAUUACAAUUAUGAUGCAGCGUCCUAGUUCGCCUAGCUCUUUGUUUAAGUUUCUAACUGUGCUGGAGACAAACGUUUGGUUGUGCAUCUUGGCUGCCUAUUUCUUUACCAGCUUUCUCAUGUGGAUCUUUGAUCGCUGGAGUCCUUACAGCUAUCAAAACAAUCGCGAAAAGUACAAGGAUGAUGAAGAGAAGCGCGAAUUUAAUUUGAAGGAGUGUCUUUGGUUUUGCAUGACUUCACUGACGCCGCAGGGUGGUGGUGAGGCGCCCAAGAAUCUGUCGGGACGAUUAGUAGCUGCCACUUGGUGGCUCUUUGGUUUCAUUAUCAUUGCCUCGUAUACUGCCAAUUUGGCUGCCUUCUUGACUGUCUCACGCUUGGACACGCCCGUCGAGUCCCUUGACGAUCUUGCCAAGCAAUAUAAGAUACUCUAUGCUCCUUUGAAUGGCUCUGCUGCCAUGACUUACUUUGAGCGCAUGGCCAACAUUGAGCAAAUGUUCUAUGAAAUCUGGAAGGAUUUGUCGCUGAACGAUUCGCUCACACCUCUGGAGCGUUCGAAGCUAGCCGUUUGGGAUUAUCCAGUGAGCGACAAGUACACCAAAAUGUGGCAAGCCAUGCAAGAGGCAGGUUUGCCUGCCACACUAGAUGAGGCAGUUAUACGAGUGAGAAACUCUACCACAGCAACUGGCUUUGCUUUUCUGGGUGAUGCCACAGACAUACGUUAUCUGCAGCUGACCAAUUGUGAUCUACAGGUGGUGGGUGAAGAGUUCUCUCGCAAGCCUUAUGCUAUUGCCGUACAGCAAGGCUCACAUCUAAAGGAUCAGUUUAAUAAUGCUAUAUUGACAUUGCUCAACAAACGACAACUGGAGAAACUUAAGGAAAAGUGGUGGAAAAAUGAUGAAGCUCAGGCCACUUGCGAGAAGCCCGAGGAUCAGUCUGAUGGCAUAUCCAUACAGAAUAUUGGCGGCGUCUUCAUUGUCAUCUUUGUGGGCAUUGGCAUGGCCUGCAUUACUCUCGUCUUUGAAUAUUGGUGGUAUCGCUAUCGCAAGAAUCCACGCAUUAUUGAUGUGGUUGAGGCGAAUUCGGAUCGUGCCCUCAAUGCUAAGGAUGGUGAAAAGGUUUCGGAUGGUGUCAUCUUGGGUCAUUCGGGCGAGAAGUUUGAGAAAUCAAAGGCCGCAUUGCGUCCACGUUUCAAUCAAUAUCCGGCCACAUUCAAGCCGCGUUUCUAGAGGACAGAAAUAUUAAGAAAAUUGCACACAAAGGUCGUCUACGUCUAAAGCAUUGAAUAAAUAUGCAAUAUUUUUACACAUUUUAAUGCACAUUUUGAGCAAACAAUGUCUGAGUGUAAA